AAUCGAGGCAGGAUUCCUUUCUCUUCCGUUUGGUCUCGGCUUACCCUCUGCGACACGAACAUGGAAGUGUGUGUAGAUUCAGUGAUAUCUGCGAUUAAUGCCGAAAAAGGAGGUGCAUCCAGACUUGAACUGUGUUCGAAUCUCAUGGAGGGAGGAACUACGCCUACGAUAGGCAUGCUUCAAGUAGUUAAAUCAAAAGUGAAGAUACCUGUGUUUGUGAUGAUUAGACCAAGAGGGGGAGAUUUCCUGUACACUGAGGAAGAAGUGGAGGUUAUGAAACAUGAUAUCCAUGCAUUGAAGGAGAAUGGCGCUGACGGCUUUGUUUUUGGGUUUCUUCAAGAGGAUGGCUCUGUUGAUUCUGACCGUUGCAAAACAUUCAUAGAGUUGAUUUCACCUUUGCCAGUUACAUUUCACAGAGCUAUUGAUAUGUGCAAUAAUAUGAUGGUUGCACUGCGCACCCUUAUAGAUCUCAAAUUUGACCGCGUUUUGACCAGUGGAGGAGCAGCCAAUGCUCUUGAUGGAGCAGCUAUGAUUGAUAAAAUGAUAACUGAAGCACGAGGAAAUAUCAUUGUUGUGCCUGGAGGUGGUAUUAAUGAGGACAACCUGGAGCGCAUCUUGCAGAUUGGUGCAAAAGAAUUCCACUGUUCUGCACGCAUCUUCCAAGAGUCUAACAUGUUGCAGCAGAAGUCCGGCAUAACUCUGGGUGGCUCCCUGUCACCACCUGAAUAUGGUCAUCGUAUUGCCAGUCUUAUGAAAGUAAACAACAUGAUGAACAUUGCCUCAAUGUGCUGGGAAAGUCUUAAUAAAUAAAGAUCUGUUUCAUACCUCCUUUCUGCUGCCACUUUAUAUGAUCUCAUUGCUUGGAGUAAUUGAAACUCACUUUCAUCCUGACAUUCCUGAUUGCUAUUGCUAAUUGUUUUUUUUUUUUUGUUUUUUUUUUUUGCAACAUGAUUUUACAAGAUUGCUGCAGCCUUUGUCAAUAAUUUUUCACUUGCAUUUAGGCAGAAGUAGAGAGAUUGUUUAAUAAAAUAAAAAUCAAUUUUAAUUCAUGCUUACUGCUCAUAGCAUACACCUUUUCCUUUUUUUUCAAAUUGUUGGUGACAAUCAUACUAUGUGACAUGACAAGAGCAGCUAAAAAGUUAAAAUAUUCUCUGUGUCAAGAUAUACUAACAUCAUGGCUUGAGAUGCUGCCAUUGAUGUAACUAUUAAAAAAUUACAAAUAGUUUGAUGAAAUCUAUAACAUUAUAAUCAUGAAAUAUUGCCGGGAUUUGAGAAAGAUGUAACCACCUGUUUUCAAAGAAAUGACAGGUGAAAAACUUUAUUGCUUCAUCUCCUUGACUUAUACAGACCAUCCAUGUCUGACCACACAUCCAAAGCUGGUUUUCCUAAUCAAGUGUUUUCACAAUCAGCAUCUGUACCAAGCUUUAUCAUGAUUGAUUGAUAAUUGUUGUGUUUAGUGCCCAGUCAUGCAUUUUCUCACUGCUACAUUGCUGUCAUCGAGCGUGCAAAGGUUGUUCUGAAUCAUUCUUUAACAGAGAGUUUGCACUUAAGUUUCGGCAUGACUGGAGCAGAUGUAUGACCUAUAAUCAGCACUUAGCAUGUUCAGUAGUAGCUAAAUAAUGCUUAGUCCUACAGAAGGUUUCAUUAAACAUAUCUCCGCUGUUUUAUUUAAAAGAUAAAUGCUAGCAAACCUGUGUGUUUUUCAUACUUAAGAUGGGUAUCACAACCUAGUCCUGACAAAUGACAGUGCCUUGAAGUUUUUUGAUGUUUUGUGUAAUUGUUGAUAAUAUUUGCACAUUCAUGACUUAAGUUUGUCCAUUUCUCAUUUGCUAUUUAUAGAAGUGCCAAAUAGAUGAGAAAUGCACCUUAUUAAUGUACUGGUUUCUUUUUCUUUUAGUGAAUACUUUUGAAAUCUGUAUUCUUAGGGAUAUUUUGAUAUGAUAUACAUGAAGGUAUUUUUGUAACAGUAUGUAAUUUGUCUCAAGUUUACAGCUGCCUAGUUCCUUUGCUGCCAAAUGCAUAACAGACAAAUCUAUGUCAAGUUACAGUACGUCUUCUGUUAUAUAGAAAUGUUGCUGGAUAAGUAGUCAGUAACAGUCCUCAGGGUCUCCUAAUUAAGAUUCGUUCAUCUCAUGUAUGGCCUUAAGUUAAAUGGAUAUAAAACUGUGAUAAGCUUCCACAUCCAAAAGAACUGGUUGUCAGGGAUACUGUAUUAGCAGUAUCAUGCCUUUGUUUCAUGAGAUAAAAGUAGAGCAAACCUUAUUUUUGUGUGUGUCCUUGGUGCAUGUGUUUGUGGUUAAGUAGACUCCUUGGUGCUUAUUUAAGUGCUUACUAAUGGUGUAGACUUACUUAUUUCAAAAGAAGCAGCCUUAAAGUUAUCAAUAAUUUGCUUAUGUAUUGGUAAAGACCACUGACUUGUGAUUCUUAUUAUCAGUGAAACUAGGUUAAAGAUUGUGUUUUCCUUUUUCACUGGCAGGCAUCAUGCUAGUGAAGAGGUCAGAAGGUGAGCUGUGCUUUUUCGCUUAUUGAGAUUGUCUGCCCAUUGAAAGACUGCCUCCCUCUAGAUUUAGCCCGAUUACUGAUCCAUAUAUAUAUAGAGUGUGAAGUAUGUGUGUCUUCAUGUAGGCAAGAUUUUAUAUUGAGUGCCAUGCAACAGAUUUUUAUAUAUAUAUAUGUCCUGAAGAUCUUGUUAGGAUCUGCCUCCUAUGUUUACACUGCAGGUAUUUUGUGGAUCUUCCUUUUGAAGGGCUAUGGCUACCUGGAAUAGUGGCAGAUAUUGUGGUCUGUUCUCCAUUUUUAUCUUUCUUUUAUUGGAUACUUGCCACUCAGUUUGUGGAAUUGUAUAAUUUGAUAAAGCCUGGAGUGAUAUCCCCUAGAUUUUACAUUAUGAGCUGAUAGUUGACAGGCUUAUCCUACAAAGCAAAAAUUUUAAUUCAAAAUGUUAUUUCAGGAUAUAAAAUUGUGCAGAAUCAUAUUUCACAUUUCUUUCUUAAUGUUAACUUGUAUUUUUCUGUUUUAGUAAUCAUGGUUAUUCUGGUUGAGGCCUUAUGUGCAACCUGAUGCACGAAGAGGAAUAGAUAGAUAGAAUCAUGGUUAUACAGAAAUUAAUGGCACAGCAAAUAUGAUAAGUUUUCAGAUUGUUAUUUCUAACAAUUUAGUUCUAAUUAAUAUCUCAAAAUGUUUGCUGAAAGAAUAUAGAAUUUUAACCAUAUUUGUAAAAUAGUCAAAGUGGUAGAUUAAGUAUAAAACAAACAUUUCAUAUUUGAAAUGAGCUUAUGUUUCUUUGAAGUGAAAGACCUGGGGGCUGGGGCUAGUUACCCUCUGUUACCCCGCAUAUUGUCCUCACGAUGAGAUAACCAUUGUUGCUGACAUUGCAUAAAACUCAAUUAACCUGUUAUAGAUAAGAAAUCCUGACAUUAAACUAGUUAAAUUUUAAACUAGGUAUGCAUAUUGCAAGUCCACAUGGACAAAGAUGUCUCAUAUAUCUUUUGUUCAAACAUUUGCAAAUAUCCAUGCAAGUGUAUGAUGCAGAUUUAUUCUAAAUGUAUGCUAAUACCACAUUGUACCAAACAACAGUUUCUGUGGUAAUUGGCAUUGCCUUUUAACUUACUUUAGAAUUGGAAGAGAAGUGUAACAUAUGUAUGAUAUGUCAGUGCAGGAUUUUUAGGAAAUACAAAACAUACUUUUGUAUGUUGUGCAUAUCUGUUUGUGCAUGAUGUUCAUCAGGAUAUAAAAAAAAUUGCAUCAGUUUCUUGUUGCAAAUUAAGAAAUCCACGGGAAGAAUUAUUUUUUGUUUUUAUAAGUAAGUGACGUCCAGAUCUUCAAUGACCUUUAUUGUGUGCUUCAAAAAUAAAAAUUCAUCAGCCACUUU